UUUUUUUUUUUUUUUAACAUCCCUGCUUACGUUCGCCCUGGCACCCGCUUUUAUUUCCGCAUUCCCAAAUCCUUCCAGAUUGGGAUCCCGUUGAAAAAAAGUCGGGCUGAUGCAACGAUUCCCACUUUUUAAAAUCUACUCUCGACCGUCGGCUGAGCAGAAAAAAGGACAUUUGUUGCACCUGGGAUCCAAGUCAGCUGUGGUGAAGACCGAGUCUGACGCAAUGCCAGGACAAAUCCCAGAUCCCUCUGUGACGGCGGGCUCCCUKCCCAGCCUGGGCCCGCUGGCUGGGAUCUCGGCCACCACGCUGACCGACAGGCUGAAAUUUGGCGACCUCCAGGAGUUCGGAACAAUGCUGUCACCGCUGGAUUUCCUGGACAGUUUGGGCAAGAGGCCUCUACUCAUCAAAACAGAGAGAGACGAAGAGGAGGAGAGAAGAAAACGGAGGCGAGAGAAAAACAAAGUGGCUGCUGCUCGAUGUCGGAACAAAAAGAAAGAGAGGACGGACUACCUACAAAAAGAGUCAGAAAGGUUAGAGAUGUUAAACUCCGACCUUAAAGCCCAGAUCAAGGAGCUAAAACUGGAGCGACAGCAGCUCAUCCUCAUGCUCAACCGCCACCGUCCCACCUGCAUCGUCAGGACGGACAGCGUGAAAAGCCCAGAGAGCGAGGUGAACCCCCUGCUGCAGCGGCUGGAGGCCAACUGAAGACAAACAGACUUUCCUCCCGUUUGUACGCUCGAGAAAAGGUCAACGACUUACAGCACUUGGAUGGGAAACCUACUCUGAAACGCAGCGCGCCACACUGCAAAGAGCASAUCGUUUUCCCCUUUUGUUUGAGCUCCAACCACAGACUCUCCUCAGUUUAACAGAAAAAUAACAAAACCUUUGGGAAAACUACACUUCACAAUUUAAGUUUGUACUUUUACAGUCAAUUCUUAACCCGAGUAACCAGCCAGCAAAGYGUUUUGUCUUCUCAAUAAUUUAAUCAGUUUGUACUAUAUUUUUGUAAUAGAACUAAACCAGGACUUUUUCAAGAACUUCAUGGACUUUUACGUGUUGCAGAUGUUGUGUAGCUGUUGUUGAAACACCAGUGACAACAGCUGUAGUGUUUACAGUCAUGUGACCAAAAUGACCAAUUCUAAAACUACUGGACUGCAUUAACAACCAGACUGAUGACAGGAAAAUAGACAAGAAACCAAAACUUUUAUGUAUCUAUUUUUCUUUAGAGGCAGUUAAAUCUACAAGCAACAAAAAUCUCAGUUACAGUUUCUCUUUGUUUUCAACACAAAACUCUCUAAAUGUUCUGUAUUUCAUUGUUUUGGCGCAGGCGUCAUAUAUGCACAUAUAUAAAAGAAGUGUUUACAUUUUA